CCAAUAGCUUUAGCUACUUUUGCUCCGUAGGCUGACACUUGUAACCUAUGGCAGAUGGGAAGGAUCAAAUUUAAGAGCAAGGAUUUGUCUUGAGAAAUCAUUAUACUAAAGCCAGUAGUUACUGAUUUACCCACUGAUAGGCCGGCGGAGGAUCUGUAUAAGCACUUUCCUCACAUGGCAGACGACUGACUCUCCUCACACAGCCACCGACUCUCCUCACACUGCGGGCGACUGACUCUCCUCACACAGCCACUGACUCUCCUCACACUGCGGACGACUGACUCAUGCUCUGGAGUCCCAUUUGAAUCAUCCCCUGUCUGAAAAACAAGUGUAUGGAGUGUAAAGGGUCAGUAGUAAUGAAAAUUGUCCAAAAUUGUUUGAAGCUUAAGUGUUAAAGAUAAACAUAUGACCAGUGGCAGCUUGUCGAGGCAAGAAGGGCACAGCCUACCCAAGAUUUUGAUGUGAACAUGGGAGAAGGUGACGCUCUUUACAAUUACGCCACUGGCCUUGCCCGUUUUCUAUUACCGGCUGUUCAUUCAAAAGACUAAGGAGAUAAACAACCAUCAACAACAUAUUACAAACAAUUUUUUAAACAGUCAUAACUUACUAAAGUGGCAUAAACGCGUAUAAUUAAUUGAAUGCAAAUUGCCAUGAACGGUUUCUACAGAAAGUGCAACAGCAUCCCGUUUUUGUUCUUUGAAACGUUGUGCUCGUAUUUAUUUAAUGAAAUUAUAGUCUUUUAAAUUUUAAUAAACAUGAUCUUUCAUUUCAUUAAAAAAAUCUAAAGACAUUUUUUUUUCGGACGCAUCUAUUUUUAGUGACAAAUGCGACUGGAUCGCUGUCGAGCAUUAGUAGAUAACGUUAGUCCACAUUACCAAUUUUCUCCAUAUGAUAUUUUGUCGUCCGGGGUACAGGUUCGUUGUCAUCUCGCAAAUAUCUUCUAUAUAACCUCCUCCUUUUCUUAAACGGCUCCAUUUCAAAGUCCUCUAACGUCACUCUGAUCUAUUACUAUAUCAAAAGUACUUCGACCUGAACUCGUCUUCUUCUUCUUCUUCAGAGUGUGUGGGCGGCAAACGAAAGAAAUGACGCGAGUGGAGAAUUUCGAUUUGACGGAUCUGAUUGGCUACGAUUGGCGCUCUUUUUGCUGCCUGUUGCUAAGGCAACUCGAAGUAGAUAUAGUAAACAUUAAAAUCAAGAAAGCUGUUGCCAUGUACGUGCUAAUAAAAUGGGUAAAAGAAAACCAAGUAAGUGUGGGCUUGGAUAACUUUGUGAAGGACAAAAAAAUGUUAAAGGACCCAAAGAGGAUUGGCCUGGUGGAACACGGAGCGGUUGGAGUUAAGCCCCCGAAAUGCGGCUGGAAAGCGUUUCCGGCCCAAAUACUCUGUGUAAACGAGAGCCUUGGAGAAAUAAAAAAGGUCGAGCGUCAGUGGAUAGAUGCGCACAAGAUGGCGACUCCAUUGAAAUCCAAGACUACAGUUGACACUGAAGAAGAUAGGAUUUCUCAAUCUGAUGAAGAGGAUGAGACUCCUCAACAUCAGACAGGGGAUGAUUCAAAUGGGACUCCAGAGCAUGAUUCAAUCUGUACUCCAAAACGGCCAAAGAGAGACUACAACAAUGACAUAAAAGAGCUUGAGGAGAGGCUAAAAACUAAGGAAAAGGAGAUAAGGCGUUUGAGAAGAUUAAACUUUCAAAUGCAAGAGGGACUUGCUGGUACAAUCACAAAAGCUGUCAAAGAUGCCAUUCAGGCGGCUCAGUCUGCUCCCAGCCACCCAGUACUCACAUCUAACACCCACGUAGCCACUCUUAACCAAACUGGAGACAUAAUGAACAAGUCUGUGACUGACUUAAUGAACCCAGUUGCUUUGGAUCAUGCUCAAAGGUGUGAGAGUUACAAAAAGCUAACCAGAACUCUUAUGGACUCCAUCUUCUCUUUGGAAGAGAUGACAACAUGCUCUGUCACUGGAAAAAAAGGGGUAAAAAGUUCAGCUAGUAAUUGACCAUGUCAAAAAGACAUACCCAGGCAUCGGAGGCACUGAGAUCAAAGUCUGCAUGGCACAAAAAUUAAAAGAUCUGAGGAGAUGGGCAGAAAGGAAACCUGCUGAAGGAGACACAGAGGACUGAAACGACAUUCCACACAUUCAGAAACUCACAAUUCAUAUUUUUAUAUUUGGUUUUGCUUUUUUUGUUUUAAAAAUUCAUAUUCACAUUUGUAUUUCUAAUGAAAUUAAAUAAAAUAAUUGUUUAUAAAUAAAGAAUUGUAAAUAAA